AUGAUGAAACUUAAAGCACUGCUAUUCUGGAUUAAAGAGGAAAUAGUUCAUUACAAUCUUUUUAUGAAGGAAGAAAAUGAAUAUGAUGAUAAUGAUAAUGAUGAUGAUAAUGCGAAUAUCGAAGAAAAUGAUCCAGCAAUUGCUCUCAAGCAACAAAAAUAUACGACUUGGUUCUAUAUUUUGCUUCUACUAGGAACUACGUAUAUUCUUUUUUAUGCAACUGUGAUAAAACACCAAACUCGAACAAUUACAAUAUCCAAUAUUACUCUUACCGUUUUCAAUGAACUCUAUCUUGAACAUGGUGAAACUUUGUCAUGUCCAUGCUCGAAUGUAGCAAUAACUUAUAAGACUUUUGUGGAUAGUUCAAUUAAAUUUCAUCCUGUUUGUUCAAGUAUUUUCAUUACUCAGAAAUGGAUUGAAGCUUUGUAUUUGAAAAAUCCAAGUGAAUAUGGAACAGGAGAUUUUCGAUCGACAGCGUAUUCCCAGUUUCAACUUUUGGCUGAUCUUUGUUCAUUGUCGGAGAAGAUCGUUUUUCAAAAUAAGAAUGAUCUAAGCAAUAAUGAGCUUGUCACCAGUGAUCUCCUUCCUGAUUUUCGAAUUCAUUCUAAAGUAAACGAUACCGUUCAGUUUUUCAAGAACGGUGUUUCCACUCGAAUUAUUGCAUUUAUUAAUUAUGUCAGAGCUACAAUUCGAGCUAACUACUUAGUUUCAGCUUUAAAUACAAAUUUCUUGAUUGAAGCUCGCAAUAGUUCUGAUGGUUACAAACUUUUACGUACAGAAGUAUUUAUUAAGAAUUCAAGUGCUAACUUUUCAGGAUCAGAAUUUAUUGGAUGUAGCACUAAAACUCCAACUGCUGCAGUUUCAUUGUUUCCACUGCCUAUUGUACUAAAUUACUCCGAUAUGGCAUUGUAUCAACCUGGUACCUAUGCCAAUUUAGCAAACGGAUUCUUUGCUGCAUGUACUCCUCUUGAAGCUCUCCUCCAAAGUACACUCGAUUGUUUGUAUAGUAUUGAAUGUGUUGAAUUACUAAAACACUAUUUUCCAGCUAUUGCUCUAGUAUUUUUUUUGAUGACUCGUAUGCGUAAAAUUGGUCGAUGGAUAAGACAAUUAAACUUAUUUAAAGCAGCCGAUCGACGAACAGAAAAAGAUGUCAAACAACAGAAGAUCAGCACGCGUCUCUAUCUUAUCCUAUUAUCUGGUGCAUCUCUGUUUCUUAUUAUCAACGAAUGGAGCGCUGAAGUAGCUACUGUAACCGAAUCAAAUCCAUCAUUAGUCACUUAUAAUAAUUUGCAGGAUCUGUAUAACACAACACUUCGCUGUCCAUGUUCUGACAUGACAAUACCUUAUGAAAGAUUUCUUUCAUUGUCUCCAAUCUUUCAUAAAGUGUGUUCAAGCGAUUUUGUUACAGAUCAAUGGAUUUCAUUAUUAAAAAAAAUCGCAACAGGAUAUAAUGCUCCAGAUUGGCGUAACACAGCUUCUUCACGAUUUCAAUUCUUAGCCGAUCUUUGUAAGUUGGCUGAUACAACGAUCAAUGAUGCUGUUCACGAUUUUCGUUCGCAACCAUUCAUUGCUUCAAGUGUAAUGAAUGAAAAUGACUUUAACAAACAAUUAAACACUACUCUUGAUCAGUUUUUUCGAUCGACAAUGAUUUAUUUUAGUAUUCUUAUCAAAACAGUACGAAUUCUUACACAAGUUGAUCAGUCGUAUUUUGGAUCAACUGCAAGUAAUCAACACUAUCCUCAAGAAGAUAAACUCAGUGCAACAUUCGAAUAUAAUAAAUCGCAUUAUGUGUUCGGAUUAAAGGUAGCAUUUCGAUUAAUUGGUCUUCGUCAUGUAAAUCCAUCAUCUUUCAGCUGUAUUUGUGCUACAGAUAUUAAUUGUAACAGUUCAAUUGGUAUUUAUGAGACUGAUUAUAGUUGGUCGUUACAUCCAGAGCAUAUCCAUCGCUAUACAGUACCAGGCUGGGUUGAACGUUGUUCACCUACGGAUUCUCUGAUGUUCUCAACACUCGAGUGUUACUAUUCGAACUCAGAUUGUUUGUCAAUUUUACAGAAUUAUAGUAAAAAAACAUAUCUUUUCCAUAAUGAAUACGGAUCAUGGUUUGAUAUUCAUCCUCUUAUUUAUAAUUCAAAAACAAGUUCUUUUCCUCCAAAUACUUCAAUUUCAACAAUAAUCGAAGCAAUUAUGAUCGAACGAUGGAAUUCAUCUUCUUCAUAUAAUCAAUUUUACAAAUCAUGUGCGCCAAGCUAUUGUACUUAUGCAAAGAGAAUUCGUCGAACUAUUGUGGAAGUGAUGAUCAAAUUGAUCUCUAUGAUCAGUGGUCUUAUUCUUUUACUACGUUUGCUUACACCUCAAUUGGUCAAGCUUAUAUUUUACUUGUUGGCAAAGAUCUGCAAAAGACAACAGCAACAAGAACAAGAGGAACAACCAUACGUUCGUUCACGAUGGAGCCGAUUACGAGCAAUCAUGCAAAAAAUUGUAACACUAUUAUAUGACAACUUGGCAAAUUUAAAUAUAUUCUUGGUACGAGAUUUUGGCAGCAAAGUGGAUCGAAUAACUGCUAAACGUCUUGGUCAAUGGGCUACUCUUUUAUAUAUAGUUUUGUUUCUGAUUAGUAUGAUUGGUCUCACACUUUAUUUCAGCAUGCAGCCUAAAACACAGACGGACAUUUUCGAUAAGCCUUCUUUGGAUUUAUAUGAACGACUUUUUCAGCGCUAUGGAAAUCAAUUAAAAUGUUCAUGUUCAUCCAUCGUAUCGAUCAACGGUCGAUUUGUCAAAUUAGAAGCAGUAUUUCAUGACAUCUGUUCAAGUCCAUUCGCUUCCGAUGAAGGUCGAAUUGCUCUAACAUCUGAUCUUUUUUCUGAUCUUUCUGCUUAUUCAUUAAAUGAUUAUCGUCGUUUUCUUUCUGCUCAUUUACAAUUUCUUACUGGUUUAUGCCAACUUUCUAUGAAUACAACAAAGAUUUCCAUUGAAGACUUUCAUUCUUCGCUAUUUGUUGCUGCGGAACUUUUAUCCGAGAAAAAACUCAGGGAACGUCUCAAUUUAAUGACUGAAACGAGUAAAGCAGAUGCUUAUAAGACCUUCAUUUCUCUUCUCUUCUUGAUUCGAAGUAUCAAUCAUGGAAAUGCUUUCAUGUCAACCUAUGGAACGAACUUUAAAUAUGAUGUUCCUCCGCAUAUUCUCCAGACAAAAUAUUUACAGACCACAGCAUUGAUUGACGAAAACGGUUGUUCUUGUGGAUUAUAUUCCAAUUGUACCACUUCAGCAAAGUUUUUUGAGAAAAAUGCUUCAACAAUCAUUGCAAUUGAAGGUUUGAAAAUGGGUUGUACACCGAGUGAAUCAUUUCUUGCUUCGACUUUGGAAUGUUUCUAUAACCAAUCAUGUCUCAAUAUCUUACGACAAUAUACAAGUAUGAACAUGAGUCAAAUUAAUUCGACAUCGUUUCUCCAUCCUCUUUCGAGAGCGAGUAUUCGAUUUCCAAAGAACACUCGUAUUGAAAAAAUUGUCAAUGAUCUGUUCAUUGAAGAAUGGAACAUAACAGUUGAUUAUUCAUCAUAUUUUGAUCAAUGUUUACCCUUACUAUGUUCAUAUACAUACACCCCACGAUACAAUAUCUUUAAUUCAAUCACUGAUCUACUGAGUAUCCAAGGUGGUCUGACCAUAGCUCUGGCAUGGAUUUGUCCGAAAUUAGUUCGAAUAAUCAAUGCAAUCUAUCAAUAUCGAAAGAAGCGUGCGAAUACUAUUCGUGCUAUUACAACCAUAUCCACUGAAAAUGUCAACACAAAUGCUUACGGAUCGACGUCAAAUUCAGAAGUGAUUUCCAGCAAUGUAACACUACAAAGUUCUGAUCUGCCUGAUGCAUACUCACACGCCAUUGGUGAUUUUAAUGAUGAUGGCCGACUGGAUCUUGCUUUAGUUAAUAAAAAUGGACGGAAUGUUCAUGUGCUAUUUGGGAAUGGCAAUGGGACUUUCGGAAAAGAGAUAAUAUCUCCAGAAGUUUACACGGGUCUCUUGGAUAAAAUGAGCAUUGGUGAUUUCAAUAAUGACAAUCGACUCGAUCUGGCUGGUAUGAAACGAUUCGAUAAUUAUGUUGAUAUUUUCCUCGGGAAUGGCGACGGAAUUUUAAUAAAAUACCAAUCAGUUUUGGCAGGAUAUGGCAGUACUUUAUCGGGAAUUGCUGUAGGUCAUUUCAAUAAUGAUCACUACUUAGAUAUCGCUGUUGCUGUUCCUACUAAAAAUCAGAUUAGCGUACUUUUUGCAAAUCGUUUCGGAACUUUUUUAGAUGGAAGAAUAUAUGAGACUGGAAUUAAUAGUUAUCCAAGCGAUAUCGCCGUCGCUGAUUUUAACCAUGAUGGUCAUCAAGAUAUCGCUGUCGUUAAUAAAUAUAGUCGAACUAUUGGUAUAUUUCUUGGUAAUAGUAAUGGGAGUUUUGAAGAUCAAAAGACAUCUUUUACUGGCGCUGGUUAUGAUCCACAAGACUUCGCUGUUGGCGAUUUAAAUAGUGAUGGUGUACUAGAUAUUGUGGUCGCCUACAAUGGCAACAAUUUAAUGAAGGUGAUGUACGGACACGGUAAUGGACGUAUGAGUGAUGGUGUACUGUUUCACAUGUGGGGCGCUUCGAUAUUAGAGAAGAUCUUUAUUAGAGACUUCAACAGAGAUGGCCAUCUCGAUAUCGGUUUCGGUAAGCGUAGCAACGAAAUAAUUUUGUAUGUUGGAGAUGGAAACGGAAAUUUCGAAGCACAAACAUUAUUUUCAAUAAGAAAUCCUGCCGCAUUUCGAUGGUUAGAUGUCGGUGAUUUUGAUGGCGAUGGUUAUGACGAUGUAAUCUUAUGGAUGGAUCAACCAACCUAUCAUGAGGAUGCAUCUGUAGUUAGUGCUGAGUCAACGCAACCAUCGGCACUACCUGAAAAUUUUCGCAAAAGAAAAUUAAUAUGGAUCAUCUUUUCUAUUCUUGUUGUUGUUUUAAGCAUGACUGCAUUAUUAAUUGUCUUUACUGCGCAGAAAACAAACCAUAACAAUACAUCAAUACCGGAAAGAUCCACCAUUGAAACAACGACUGAACCAUCAACAACAAAAACAGUCAUUUUAGAGACGAUGAAAACCACAAGCAAAGAACAACUACCACCUUCUAUUAUCAUUAGUAGCAAGACGAAAUGGAAACAGAAUGCAGUUACUGUUGCUGGAGGAAAUGGACACGGAAAUGAAUUAAAUCAAUUAAAUGAGCCUUUGGGUAUUCAUGUUGAUGAUGAUAGUAUUUAUAUUGCUGACACUGGGAACCAUCGUGUUGUUAGAUGGGAAUUGAGCGCCGACAAAGGUGAAAUAGUUGCAGGUGGAAACGAAAGAGGAAAUGGAAUGCAUCAGUUGAAUUAUCCAGUGGAUGUAGUUCUUGAUAAAGAGAACAAAUAUAUCAUCAUUUGUGAUAAAAACAACCAACGAGUGAUACGAUGGUCUCUUCAAAAUAGUCAGGAUCAACUAGUAUUAAUAGAUCGUAUCUCUUGUCAUGGUUUAGCAAUGGAUAAUAAUGGAGAUCUUUAUAUUUCUGACUGGAACGAACAGAAAGUUAUACGUUGGCAACAAGAAGCUGCGAAAAGUAUAGUUGUAGCAGGUGCAAAUGGGGUAGGAAGUCAAUUUAAACAGCUCAACAAUCCUACGUAUAUCUUUGUCGAUGAAUAUCAUUCAGUUUACGUAGUGGAUUCUAGUAAUCGUCGUGUAAUGAAAUGGAUAGAAAAUGCAACUGAAGGCAUUCGUGCUGCUCGCGGACCAUUCUCUGAUGAAAAUUUUUAUUCAUACCUUUUCCCCAUAAGUGUGAUUGCUGACCAUAUGGGUAAUAUCUAUGUGUCGGAUGACAGAUUCCAUGAAAUAAUGCGUUGGUCAGUAGGCUCAACAGAAGGUGCUCCUGUCGUUGGUCAAGAGAAUAUCGGAAGUGGACCUACACAGCUCGCAUACCCAUUCGAUUUAUCAUUUGAUCGACAUGGUAAUCUUUAUGUUGUCGAUUAUCGAAACAGCCGAAUACAAAAAUUUCUUAUUGAUCUUGACUGA